UGACAUGGCCCCGUUAGGCAAAAUACAUAACUUCAACAGAGCAUCAUGCGUACUAUCCACAUAUGCAAGUCACCUCUGGACCCUUGCUAUUGCAUAGCAUUACAUUGGCUGUCGAGCCACCCAGACAAAGCCGCACCACGCUUUGGGGUAAUCCGGAAGAACCUCCUCCACGAUCCAAUCCGUCCACUCUAAUGCACCACAUCAAAGCCUAAGGAACGAUUAAUUUACACCCCGCACUUCUGAAAUGGGCUAUUCUGUAUCUUCCGAAACAGUGGAUAUCACGUUCCACUUGGGUACUGGACUACUUGGAGACGCCCCCAAGGCGGUUCGAGCCGAGAAGAUGCUGCCGAUUCAUGCAGGGUUGAUGACUUUGAUACCCCUCGUUAGCCGUCUUCCGUGUCUGGAAAAGGCAUUCCGUUCGAGAGCCUCGGCAGUCCGAGAAAUCUGUAUUAUCGUUGCGAGUGCUUCGUAUAUUGAAGAACAGAAGGUAACACCUCAGAAUUGAGGCGGUGGAAAACAAAUAACAACCUGGACAGGGCUCAUAAACCAAGUGCAGUCAGUCAAGGCCCGGCGGAACAAUCGAAUCACCGUAACAUUCAUGUCGAUUGCGCGCUGCACAUUCGCCAGCCAUCACAUGAGACUACCAGUCGCAGGCAAGAUCUGGUUGCCUGCCUGCUCGCCUGGCAAGGUCCUUACACAUGGCCGGCAGGAGAAUCCUGGUCUAUAGUCAACAAUAUGCCGGGGUUAUAGCCACUAUCUCGGUCAUGAUGUAUCCGAAACUGCUGGAUUUGGACGAGAAAGCUCUCCAAGCCCUCACCUCCAUGCGUCAUGUCAGGGGUUUAACUUCUGCCACCUCCGCAUUGCCCGGCAGCUGACCAACAACAGCUGUUUUUCGAGAUGGGCAUGGGCGCACAAUGAACACAUGAACAAACUAAAUUUGACGGAAAUUCUCUUCCACGAUACCUGCAGUUGCCGCCUUGAGACUUCUUUUAAGCGGACGGGCUGAAUCCCGACGUACCGCGAGAUCCCCUUUACCAGGACAACUCAUUUAGGUUCCACGGCUGUAAUUGUUCCACCAUCAAGAGCAUAUUAGCUAUGGAAAUUGAAGUCAAAUAUACACCAAUGUUUCGAGUUCCCGUUUACAGACGGGAAAAGGAACAUCAACGCUACCAAAGACGGAUCAGCUGGAAACGGAUGCUCAACAGACAGUGUGAUGUAAAGAUGCCCUUCACUUCCCUUAACAGAUCAAUAUGCAUAAACUAUCUCCUAAAGGAUAUAUAAUCUUCACCGGAGCUACGGCCCAUUGAAGCGAUGUCUACUGAGGAGCAUUGUGCCCGUGGUGCAAGGCACCCGUGGAUCUCGAAGACAGGCUUCUCCAUAUUGAUACCAGACGAAGAUGUGACAGCACCGCAUAAUUGGUAAACACCAUGCUCGAAUAGUGGCAAACGGGCCAAAGCUUUGGGUCCUUGAGAGAACCAACAAGUUGUGGGGUCAGCCUCCUCACUUGAAGUACGGCUAAGUACAAUCAACCCUGGGCGGAGAUCCAUCUGGUUAAGAUGGCAGGGUGACUGAAAGGUGACCGUUUACUCCUAGUUGCCUUUCCGGGACUGGUAACUAGACUACCUCACGAUCAUUCUAUGGGUUAUAUUACGGGUCUCAUUAGUCCACGGCAAAAAGACGAUGGAAGCGACGGCCCGAAAAACGAACGAUGUUCCUAUCCUUUAGAUGCCUGUGAAAACAGUAAUCCUGAAUCUUGCUCUUACUCUUACACGGCCUCGUUAGUCCAAGUUACAGGGUCCCUCCAAUGAGCGAAGAUCAUGAGUGCAGCCUCUUCGGAGGCCAAACCAUUGCUCUCCUUCGGGAACUACGGACCGGCCUACUCGUUCUCUUUGCUACUGUAGGUACUCAUCGGACACUUACCGUACGCCACCGGAGGCUAUCACGGAGAUCGGCUCAGAAACUGCCCCCUGCAGUCACCGUACCUCGUUGUUGCUCUUCUCGACAAGUCUCCGCUCUGGAGGCAUGCCAUGCUUUGCCUGUUGUCACCAAGUGAGACAUCACUGGCUCAGCAAGGUCUUUCUUACCUUCGUACUGUCCAAGGGCAUGCGGCCCGUGAACCGAUUCUCUCCUGAAGCUACGAAAAUGGAGCCUCAUCGGUAUGGCGGCUUCUCUUGAUGUUGAUCACUCCUUUCCUUCGAACUUGGACAUGGGUGAAGGGGACGAUCUUCUAAGUUCCAGAUCUUCUUAUUGACAACUAUAUAACAAGCUCGGAUUCCCAAUUCAAAUCGAACUCACCACUCCUCACCUCAUCACCACUUCUUCAGUCAACCCAGUCUCGUCUAUCCAACGGUCUAGCUUCACUUCAAAAUGUAUCGCGUCAUCGCAACCGCCUCGGCUCUUAUUGCCGCUGCCCGGGCUCAACAGGUCUGCUCUUUGACCACCGAGACCAAGCCUGCCUUGACCUGGUCCAAGUGUACAUCCAGCGGCUGCAGCGAUGUCAAGGGCUCCGUGGGUAUUGAUGCCAACUGGCGAUGGACUCACCAGACUUCUGGAUCUACCAAUUGUUACACCGGAAACAAGUGGGAUACCUCCAUCUGCACUGAUGGCAAGACCUGCGCCGAGAAGUGUUGUCUUGAUGGCGCCGACUAUGCUGGCACCUACGGAAUCACUUCCAGCGGCAACCAGCUCAGUCUUGGAUUCGUCACCCAGGGCCCCUACAGCAAGAACAUCGGUAGCCGAACCUACCUCAUGGAGAACGAGAACACCUACCAGAUGUUCCAGCUUCUGGGCAACGAGUUCACCUUUGACGUCGAUGUCUCUGGUAUCGGCUGCGGUCUGAACGGUGCUCUCUACUUCGUCAGCAUGGACGAGGAUGGUGGCAAGGCCAAGUACUCCGGAAACAAGGCCGGAGCCAAGUACGGAACUGGUUACUGUGAUGCUCAGUGCCCUCGUGAUGUCAAGUUCAUCAACGGAGUUGCCAACUCUGAAGGCUGGGAGCCCUCUGACAGUGAUGCUAACGCUGGUGUUGGUAACCUGGGCACUUGCUGUCCCGAGAUGGAUAUCUGGGAGGCCAACUCCAUCUCCACCGCCUUCACUCCUCAUCCUUGCACCAAGCUCACUCAGCACUCUUGCACUGGCAACUCUUGCGGUGGAACCUACUCUGAUGACCGAUAUGGCGGUACUUGCGAUGCCGACGGUUGUGAUUUCAACGCCUACCGCCAGGGCAACAAGACCUUCUACGGCCCUGGAUCCAACUUCAACGUCGAUACCACCAAGAAGAUGACUGUUGUCACUCAGUUCCACAAGGGCAGCGACGGACGUCUUUCUGAGAUCACCCGUCUGUACGUCCAGAACGGCAAGGUCAUUGCCAACUCCGAGUCCAAGAUUGCAGGCAACCCCGGUAGCUCUCUUACCUCUGACUUCUGCUCCAAGCAGAAGAGCGUCUUUGGCGAUAUCGAUGACUUCACCAAGAAGGGUGGCUGGAACGGCAUGAGCGAUGCUCUCGCAGCCCCCAUGGUUCUUGUUAUGUCUCUCUGGCACGACCACCACUCCAACAUGCUCUGGCUCGACUCUACCUACCCUACCGACUCUACCAAGGUUGGAUCCCAGCGAGGUUCUUGCGCUACCACCUCUGGCAAGCCCUCCGACCUUGAGCGAGAUGUUCCCAACUCCAAGGUUUCCUUCUCCAACAUCAAGUUCGGUCCCAUCGGAAGUACCUACAAGAGCGACGGCACCACCCCCAACCCCCCUGCCAGCAGCAGCACCACUGGUUCUUCCACUCCUACCAACCCCCCUGCCGGCAGCGUCGACCAGUGGGGACAGUGCGGUGGCCAGAACUACAGCGGCCCCACGACCUGCAAGUCUCCCUUCACCUGCAAGAAGAUCAACGACUUCUACUCCCAGUGCCAGUAAAGGGGCUGCCGAGCUAUCUAUCAUGAGAUUGAGGAACGAUGUGAUGAGUGGAUGAUAAAGAAAGGAGAAGUGCGUGGAUGAGAUGGACUUGAUGUGGGAAGACAGGGGUUGACUUUCAAUUUUCCGAGAACUUUGUGCUCUUCUUUUGCCCUUCGUUUGUCUCGCGCAAUAAAGAACGACCUUUGCCCCUAUUGUUAUAUACAUCGGUAGAAAAUAGUUACAACUGUCGUUAUCAACCUAUCUCUCACUCGA